GGUCGCAGUAGACUGCGUAGCAGCGAAAUCAUUGUCCUGAUAAAAUCGAAUUCCUACUGUUCUAAGUGCAUUGGAAGAAUUUAAAGUGUUAUCGAAUAUACCCCACGCAAAAUACUCUUCGCACAAACUGCAGUUAACCGAAAAGCGCCAUGACGAAGAUGGAUAUUCCAUUGAAAACCAAAUCCGACGCCACGGACACCUUCAUUCAAAACGAGAAGGACGUUGAGGUGAGAGUACGGGCUCCAAAGCGAGUGCUACAUUUCAGCGAUGGUACGCUGGAAGAGUACAGCGACGAUGAAACCGAUCAGGUGGAUCAAAUUGAGGCUGCACCAGUUGAUGAGUCCAAAUUAAAAUGGAGCGAAUGGAUGCGUUACAAAACAUACAAGCUUGGAAGCACCGUCCUUGCCGGGUGCGAUUACGUCGGGGAAGGACUUGCGUCGUUUCUGGGCAUAACUACUCCGAAAUACAGCUACGAAAUUGAAGAAUUCAAGCGAAUGCAAGCCGAGCAGGAAGCCGAAGAUCGGGCGAUUCACACGUUUGUCGAACAAAACCGCCCUCAUAACGGAGACAACAGUCAUACUAUUGCACAGGGACCAAGCGGAACAAAUGCUGAUUCUUUGGGGAAAAUGGAUGUAACCAGUACUGAAGUUUGCACAGAAAAUGAAAUUCAAAAAUAUUAAAACAUCACACACGAUCCUAAUACUGAGGAUUAUUAUGACCAGAUCAAACUACCGAAAUUGUCACUUCAUCGAGGAAUUUCAAAGUAGAGUGUGAUGUUAUUUGUAAAAAAAAUUAUAUAUACUAAGAACUGUACCAAUCGUUUUCCAACAGCUUUGGAGGAAGGAAAAUAUCAAUGACGCUAAAUCAAGGAUUUAUUUAUUUAUUUUAUUGAAAUAAGCACGUUUUAUAGUUUAAUGCAAACGUGUGAACACUUGGAUAAAUUUGGCUUUCUACUGUCAAUUUUUCGGACACACAGAGCUGUCUUUCCGAAAUUGAAUACUAUAAUUUUAUGUCUCAUUGCAUUCACCAAGGAUUAGUAUGUAACAUAAGUUAAAUGAACUGCCUUUUUGGUUUGAAAAUUUGCUUAAAUAUAGUUGUAAGGAACAAAAUUUCAUGAAAUGCUCGACCUCUACAAAGGGAAAAUUUAUUGAUUAUUGUGGAAAUAAAAAUUAUUCAAUGAA